AUGGCAGUACGCGUCCAAUUUGAAAAUAAUAAUGAAGUAGGAGUGUUCAGCAAAUUGACAAAUUCUUAUUGCCUUGUCGCAAUCGGUGGAUCGGAAAACUUUUACAGCGUGUUCGAGGCAGAAUUGUCUGAAACCAUACCUGUAGUGCAUGUGAGUAUUGCAGGGUGCAGGAUCAUUGGCCGUAUGACGGUUGGAAACAAAAAUGGACUUCUGGUACCAUCAUCGACUACAGACACAGAGUUGCAACAUAUUAGAAACAGUUUACCGGACGCUGUCAAAGUGCAGCGGGUGGAAGAACGACUCAGUGCACUCGGAAACGUUAUUGCCUGCAACGACUAUGUGGCACUCGUUCACCCAGACCUGGACCGAGACACAGAGGAAAUACUCGCAGACACAUUGGAUGUGGAAGUGUUCAGACAAACAGUCGCAGGUAAUGUUUUAGUCGGAUCGUACGCUGCGCUCAGUAAUCGAGGCGGGCUCGUUCAUCCCAAGACCACUAUUCAAGACCAGGAUGAAUUGUCAUCUCUGCUGCAAGUACCACUAGUGGCGGGCACAGUAAACAGAGGUAGUGACGUCAUUGCUGCAGGAAUGGUGGUCAACGACUGGUGUGCAUUCUGUGGCUUAGACACAACAUCAACAGAAAUCUCAGUUAUAGAAAGUGUGUUCAAGCUGAACGAUGCUAAGCCCACAGCCAUCACAUCAACUAUGCGAGCAUCCCUCAUUGACAGCAUGUCCUAA